AUGGACUUCCGUGAGCUGCUACGUGAGGAACGCCGCCGUGCACGGGAGGCAACACAAACCAAGUCAAAUGCCGACACAAAUGCUGCGCCAAAAGCCACGGACAAGUCUAAAGAAACUGAAGAACGUUUAUUGCAAUGGCAACAAGCAACACUGAAUGUCUGGGCAAAGCGAUCAAAAAUUGAAAUCGAAGAGUUUCGCAAAGGACCGAUCCCUGGAGUGUACUACAUUCCCAAUUGGAUCACGCAGGACGAGGAGGCGGCCAUUCUGGAGCGAGUGUAUGCUGUUCCGGACGACAACGAUCUCUGGGUCACACUCAAGCAUCGACGUCUGCAAAUGUGGGGAGGGGAAGUCAAGGUCCCAUUCGACCCCAAGUCACUGCCUGAAUGGUUAAACCAGAUCAGCCAGACACUAGUGGAUGCUGGGAUUUUCAGUGAAGAAAAGAAGCCCAACCACGCGCUGAUCAACGCAUAUGGUGUGGGGGACUGCAUCUUGCCACACGAGGACGGACCUGCGUAUUUCCCUCUGGUGUCCAUUAUCAGCACUGGUGCUGAAUGCCGGGUGACGUUUGAGCUGCAUCGUGCUUUGGCGUCAGUCGAUAGUGAUACAGUUUCAAAGUCGGCGACUGAUACGAGUGAGAUUGUGCAACACUUUGAUUUCCAGUUGGAGCGUCGUAGUCUCUUGUUGUUCACCGGAGAAGCCUAUGCGCGCUACUUGCACAGUAUUGACAACAUCCUAGUGGGUACGCGCAUUUCAUUGACGAUACGUCACGUUGAUCUUCAGUAG